AUGUUAUCAAAAUUCUAAUUGAGACCCUCUACUCUAAAAUCUUCUGGGUUAACAAUUUAUGAAGCAACAUCUAAUUCAGAAUCCUAUUUUGCCUAUUUCUAUAAAACAACCUAUGAUUAAGCAUAUAGGUAAUUAGAUUUAGAACCUAAAUCUGAAUUUUUAAGAGAACCCAUGAAGAUAACAAAUCCUGGUAGUAAAUAUGUAUUUUUUAAAUAUUUUGGAAAUUUCAGACUUGCAGAUAUAACAAAAAAAUUAGUAGAAGUUGAAAUCAUUAAUAUUUUAAGUUAAUUAAUAUAAGCUAUAUAUGCUUUGCAUAGAUGUAAAUUAAUGGGAAGAUGUUUUAAUAUUUAUAACAUUUUGAUAACAAAUAUAUCAAAAGGGAAUUUCUGUAUAAAAUUGAUGGACUUUGGUUUUGGAUGUCCUUUAGAAUAUUAACCUUUGCAAAAAUCACCGAAUUAUGAUUAUUAAUUUGAUUUAUUUUUGAUUGGAAGGAUAUUGUUCUUUUUAUUAACAAAUUAAGAUAUUCCAGAAUAUGAUAUUUAUGAAUCUAUGUGGGCUGAAACCUAAAAGAAGAUUGAUAACUCCUCAUAUUCUAAAAAACUAUAAGGACUAUGUAAAAAUCUUAUUUCACCAACUAUAUAGUAUCGAUAUUGUUAUGAAAACUUUAUUUCAGAUUUCUUAUUACUAAAGGAAAAGUAAUAAUAAUUUAUACAAAUUAAAAAGUUUUAUAGUGAGAGUUAAGAAACAUUCUCAUCAAUUAAUAUGGAAAUUAAAAAGAGAGAUGAAAAUAGUUAAGUUGUUGAUAAUAUUGCUCCUCCAUAUUUAUCAGAUUAAAGUUUAAAUAAUAUAAUUUUUUUUUUUAAGCCUGAAAAAAACUAGAUUCACAAAUACCUAAACUUUAAACUAUUUAAUUUUACUAUAAUUAAUUAGGCAAUUGAAAACAUAAAGCUUAAAUUUUUAUCAAGUGAUCACAUUUCGGUUCCUCUUUCUAUAUUUGUACUUGAAAAAAUUAAAUGCAUAUUUUUCUAAAAGAUAUUUGCAAUGUAUGAAAAAAAAUAGUUUACAAAUUUUAAUAAUGAAGAAAUAAAUAAUUUUGUAACAUCAUCUCAAUAUUAAAAUUGCUAUAUUUUAUUAAAAAACUUGACCUAUUUACAAGAACAAUUAAUGCCAAAUUAUUUAGAUAAUUUAUUUAAAUCUUUGUAAUCUAAUUAUCCUGAUUAUUAAAAUCAUUUAUUGUAUUAAGAUAUAAAAAUAUUUUUAUCAAUAGAUGAUUUCUAAUAAAGUUUUGAUGAAAUCAAAAAUUUUUAUCGAUUGCCAUUAAAUAAUUUGUUAAAAAAAAUUGAACAUUUAGAUGAAAAUAAAAGCAAUAGAUAAUUCAGAUUAGUUAUCUUCAUGUGCAUUCUUAUAAAUAAAAUUGGACAUAGUAAAAAUUUAAAUAAACAUUACAAAACAAUAAUGAAAUCAUCACAAUUAUAAGAGAUCGAUUCUCCUCUUUAAGUGAAUGAUUUUCUAGUUAAGGCAAAUAUUGAAGAAUUAAAUGAAUAAUUUGAAGAAUUAAGAAUCUUAUACUUUUCAUGA